CAGAGUAGCAUAACUCGACGGAACACCGGCUCGAGCGGACCCGUGAGAGAGGCUCUCUGCAGGCAUGUUAAUGAUGGGGGACUGUAGAUGGGGUACCUUAUGAUUACAGAUCAGGGGGGUUGACAGGCCUGGGUUUUGCUGAGGACCCACUUUUAACGUCCACUUCAGCGCUUGUGGGACUUCAGACACGCCGGUAAUGAUGCAGAAACAGCUCGCAGAGCUCUUCCCGCUGCUGCUGCUCUGGCUCUGCUCCUCGGCUGGACUGUGUGCGGGCAGCCCGGUGCCCAGCGCGGCUAAAAGUUUGGUGUGGGGCCUGGGACUGGAGGAGGACGCCGUGCUGCCUGCCCGCUUCUUCUUCAUACAGGCGGUGGAUAAAUCCGGCGGAAACUUUACAUUCUCACCAGGAGAGAACACAUUUGAGGUGAAGAUCACUUCCCUGUCAGAACCCUUCUCCAGGAUCUGGGUGCAGGUUUUAGAUCGUCGGGAUGGGUCCUUCCUGGUACGCUAUCGGAUGUAUGCCAGCUACAGCGACUUGAACAUCCAGGUCCUUCUGAAGGACAAGCAUGUGGCCAAGUCUCCGUACAUCCUUAAAGGUCCAGUGUAUCAUGAGUCUUGUUACUGUCCGGAGCUCAGCGGUGCAUUAUGGGAGGAGCACAUGCACUGUCCGUCUUCCUUCCCUCAGAUCCAUCGUGACCUGUCCUUCUUCCCCAGAGUAGAUCCAGACCGUAAUGCCAUUGAAGUUCCUCAGCGCUUCGGGCAGAGACAAAGCGUCUGUCACUACACCAUCAAGAACAACCAGGUCUACAUCAAAACUCAUGGAGAGCAUGUAGGCUUUAGGAUCUUCAUGGACGCCUUCCUUCUCUCUCUUGCACGGAAAGUUAGUCUUCCAGAUGUUGAAUUUUUUGUCAAUUUGGGGGAUUGGCCCCUGGAGAAAAGCCGGACUCCUGAGAAGCUCCAUCCCAUCUUCUCCUGGUGUGGGUCCAAUGACACUCGAGACAUUGUUAUGCCGACUUACGACCUCACAGAGUCCGUACUGGAAACUAUGGGCAGAGUGAGUUUGGACAUGAUGUCUGUACAGGGGAACACUGGUCCUCCGUGGACGGAGAAGAACAGUACAGGCUUCUGGAGGGGCCGGGACAGCAGGAAAGAGCGCCUUGAAAUGGUGAAACUUUCACGGGCCAACCCCACCCUGCUGGACGCUGCCUUCACCAACUUCUUCUUCUUCAAACAUGACGAGAGCCUCUAUGGGCCAAUCGUUAAGCAUGUGUCCUUCUUUGACUUCUUCAAGUAUAAGUACCAAAUAAAUGUGGACGGUACUGUCGCGGCAUAUCGGCUACCCUACCUGCUAGCCGGAGACAGUGUGGUGCUGAAGCAGGACUCCAUCUACUAUGAGCAUUUCUACAGUGACCUCCAGCCCUGGGUCCACUACAUCCCCUUUAAAGCAGACCUCAGUGACCUGCUGGAGAAGAUCCAGUGGGCCAAAGACCACGAUGAAGAGGCCAGGAAAAUUGCACAGGCCGGACAGCUGUUUGCACGUACACACCUGAUGGGUGACAAAAUAUUCUGCUACUACUUCAAACUCUUCCAGGAGUAUGCCAAGCUACAAGUAACCGAGCCUAAAGUCCGGGAUGGCAUGGAGCUGGUGGAGCAACCCAAGGAAGAACUUUUCCCAUGUCACUGCCACAGAAACAAGGUCAGAGAUGAGCUCUGAGUGUCCUCUCAUGGGUGGAGAAACAGCUGCCUUCUGAAACAUUCCCAAGUGCACAUAUUACCGGUCACGACAAGCACCUUGUGUUUUCAAUGACUGAUUUUUUUUUUGAUCUUUUUUGUGUUUAUUUAUAAAAUGUGAUCUUUUUAACCUUGUCAUUAAAUGUACUCUGUUGUAAAGUAA